GACAUCUCAGCGACCUGUUCUGCUCAAACUUUUUCUGCACUGGCUGACUUUUCGCCCGGCAGUGUAUGUGACGCUAGCGGCCUCUACGUCGCACCCCUUUCGAGCUCGCUGGCCUCUAGUCCACACGCCUACCGUGAUUGUCGAUACUGCCCCAACAAACCACAAAGGCCCUCGCGUCGUGUAUCCCCUCUGUCGCCGCCCACGCUCACGCGCGCCGCCUGCACAUUCACUCCUUCCCAUGCACAUGCCGCCAUGAGCCAGAGCUCCCGCAACUCCCCCUCCCACAUGGACGACGCGGGCGUCGCGCGCUGGGACCGCCCGCGCUGGAUCUCCGUCUUUAGCUCCCACAAUCCAACCAUCCGCGAGGUCACCGAGUGCUUGGGCCUCGGCCUGUCUGCCAGCAGCAGCACCACCAACCGCGGCAUCCCCAAGUUCGACAACCCAGAGUACCGCAAGCUGUCCGGCGAGGUCACCCGCCUGUCCAAGGAGCUGCCCAAGGAGCGCGACGCACUGCUGGACUUUGCCGCCGACCCCAACAGCCUGCACCGCGAGCUCGAGGACCUGCUGCAGACCUUUGGCACCGCCAUCUGGGGCCGCAACACCGACCGCACCUGCCUCCUGACCCCGGACCCGGCCAAGAAGACGUAUCCCCGCCAUCUCUUCAUCGAGGACCCUGACGACAAAGAAAUACUCAAGAUACAUCUGCAUCGAUGGAUCAUCAUCAAGGCAUGCUACUACAUCAGAAAUAUGAAGCUCAAGCGGCCGUCGAGUGCCAAUGACUACGACACGGUUGCUGACAUGGAGGUCGACGACCCCAUGAGCCCAAACAAGGCCCAGCUGUCCCCGAAUGACACCCCGCAGUCGCGCACGCCGUCUACAGCAGAUGGCCCCACGACUGCCGGAGCCGAGUUCGCUGUCAAACCCAUCAAUGGCAAGAAGCGCAAGAGCUCGGCAUUUACGUCCCUUUCGGAUGGUGACGAGAUAGACUCUACGCCUGCUGCAAAGCGCUACCAGAGCCACACGAUGCCCAGCUCGCGGAACAGUCCGCGUAAAUCUAUUAUUUCCUUUGUUGCUGAUGGGUCUGUCUCAGACAACUCUCAAAACGUCCCACCCGUGCCAAGCCUCCCUCACAGCCACUCAAAUGGGCACUUACCGACCAACGGCGCCACACCGUCCGAUUCUACUAGACCGCAGCUGACCACGUUGUCGAGUAAUGAUCUGAACGGUACAGCGAGGACGCCCAAUCCCACCCCGCCAGCCAAUGGGUUCACCGCAGUCAACACCGGUAGCUUUACGUCUGUUAAUGCGUCCCCUCCAGUCAGGGUAUCGCCAUCACAGAAACCAGUUGCCCCUGCGCCGCCAACAAAUGGGCGCAAUUACUCCAGUCCUUACGAUUCCAGCCCAUUUCACGGAGGACCAAUGGCGCCAAAAGCGUCUACCCCACCAAAGGCGCCACUUCUCGUAACUGCGUCCACAUCAGCUCCCCCGUUCCAAGCGAUACACUCGCCAGUUGUCGGCAAUGGAGUCAGUGCUCGGAAUUCGCCUACCGUGCAACACGUGCAGCCUCCUCCGAUUCCAUCGCAACACACGAUUCAGGCGCAACCUCAACCGACGAGCCGGUCGAACACACCCAUCAUGCACCACCACCAUCAUCGUACGAGUCUUACUCAGCAGCGAUCAAGCAGGUCCAGCACUCCGAUCGCGCCAUCAAUAACAUCUCAACCGAUGCACCAAGCGCAACCAGCUCCAGCUCCGUCGACUCAUCCGCAUCAAUCUCCUCGUCCGAGCGGUGCACCCAUGGCUCAGAACGUCACUGGACCCACAUCACAAGGUCCACCACAGUAUAUCCAGCCUGUACCCGCUACUCGUGUUUCCCACCUUGUCAAUGUUGCGCCGGUGCCAGCAGUUCCCACUGCCUAUGCGCCCCAAGCUGCGCCCAUAUUAAGGAGCCACCCUCAGGACGCCGCUCAAGUGCCUCCUCAGGCGCAUGCAGAAUUGGAUCUUGGUCUCCUCCAGUGCGAAGUUCUGGGCUCUCUCAUGCAGUAUUUGUUCCCUAGGGUAACAUCCCCACCAGAUGAAAGCGUACUUUUGCACAAGAUUGAAUCUCUUUGGCAUCUUGGCACCGCGCACUACCGCAAAGAAACAGGCCAGCUCUACGAUCUCCAUUCAAGGAUAUUAUUAACGUGGAUUACUGAACGUCGAAAGAUACAGCAACUCCGUCACACGUUUGCGUACUCGCCGGCUGUGCCAGCUACAGAGAUGGUAGAGCGACUUCUAGCGUUGAACGACCUGAGGAUGAUGCGGCUUAAAUGGAAGAGCAUGAGUAACGCUGUGGGAUUGAGCACUGAAGACGUCCUUUGUCGCACAUUCACAAUCAUGACGAAUACAGCAGGGACCGAAAAUCUGUUCAAGGACGGGUUAGACCGACUCAACGAGGGGAUAUUCGAGUUCCUUCGGACUGAAGACAUGCGCAUACUUAUGCACAACAAGCGAUAGCAUUACGGUGUGGCCCACGCUACUAUGAAUGACCAUCGGGACGAUUCCACACCCGAGCUCGUGUCUGAUCAUUCGGACGAUUCCAAUUCCGAUUUUAAGGCUGGCCUUUUGCGUUUCCACGAAAAGUUUUAAUAGUGGGUCGGUGUUCUGAUGACAUUUCCAACUCUGUUUUGGACAUUCCCUCACACGUCAUAUUUCUUUUGUCAAUUUUGCUUUUGCUCAAUCUACUGUUAUUUUUUGGGACCCGGGCUAGCGCGGUGUUAAGGUAUUCUCUCGCUUGGGGCGGUUUUCGGAAUACCUGGACUUGGCGUGUUGUAUACCUAAUACCUGUCGGAUGUAUGCUCUAGCCUUAGAAUGGUUUGCUCGGGCUGGGAAACUGGGAGGGUGUGAGCGUGGGAGUAGCACAAUGCCCGAACGCAAUGCAAUCGUAGAAGC